GAUUUUUUCAUUUCUCAUUCAGUGAUCGUGCUCAUCUCUUUAUUCCCGACAGGAUCAUGAGUUCUCCGGUGAUAAAUCAAGACAUGAUCCAAGAAUUUCUUUCUUAUCUUCCGGCGUCAAAAAUCGGAAAAUUCAGGCUCCUGAAUAAAGAGUGCAACAAGAGAAGCUACGAGUCAUGGUUUGUCAAUCUUAAUCUCCUUAGAACCAAUCGUAUUUCGGGAUACUUCAUACAACACUACAUAGUAAAAGGACACGAACUUCGAACCAGUUUUGUCCAUGAGAGGAGUGAUUUACAAAACAAUGGAGUCUCCAUCGACUUUCUGCCACCCGGAAUGAUAAAGAUCGAAGCUUGUGAUGCAAGUCAUGGGAUAUUGCUUUGUGUUAAGUAUACAAAACCAUCACGUGGAUACAUAGUCUUCAAACCAACCACUAAACAGUAUCAGGUCAUACCAAAGCCAGAAGUGAAGGGUUGGGAUAUGUCAUUGGGUUUAGCGGUAAUCGGAUUGAACCCUUUCCGGUAUAAAAUACAAAGGCUUUCGCAGUCUCGGCGUAUGUGUAUGUCUCGGGGUAUCUACCAUUUGAAUCACAGAACUUUUAUGUGCGAAGUUUUCGAUUCUGAUUCGUUUACCUGGAAGAGAUUAGAAAAUUUGCGUCUACCAAAAACAGACAGAUUAAUUUUUUCCAACCCGAUACAAGUUUCGGGGUUCUUGCAUUGGAUAUCACGGAACAACAAUGUGAUCCGGUUUUGUCUCAAAACCGAAACUUGGUCCUUCUUCCAUACUCCGAACUCUGAUGUUUUCUCAGGAUUAGUCAGAUACGAAGGGAAGCUAGGUGCUAUUCGUCAGUGGACAAACAAAGAUCAAGAAGAUGUUCACGAGUUAUGGGUUUUAAAGAGCAGUUUUGAAAAGUCGUGGGUUAAAGUGAAAGAUAUUAAAAGCAUUGGAGUAGAUUUGAUUACGUGGACUCCAAGCAACGACGUUGUAUUGUUUCGUAGUAGUGAUCGUGGUUGCCUCUACAACAUAAACGCAGAGAAGUUGAAUUUAGUUUAUGCAAAAAAAGAGGGAUCUGAUUGUUCUUUCGUUUGUUUUCCGUUUUGUUCUGAUUACGAGAGGGUUGAUCUGAACGGAAGAAGCAACGGGCCGACACUUUAAAAAAAAAAUAAAAAAAAUGGGCCGACAAAUGCAAACGUAGUUGACAAGGAUCUCAAGUCUCAAGUCUCAAUUGGCUCGCUCAUUGUGGGGCAUAAAUAUAUCUAGUGAUGUUUAAUUGUUUUUUAUAAGGUAAAAAGGAAUAUUGAAUUUUGUUUCUUAGGUUUAUGUAAUAAUACCAAACAUUGUUUUAUGAAUAUUUAAUCUGAUUUUUUGGCU